AUGGAAGAACCAAUUUGCGCUAAGGAUUAUUCGAUGAUUCAGUUGCGUGAGUGGCUAAGGCAACUAAAGUUGCCUACAUCAGGGUGCAAGGCCACACUUGCGUUGCGUAAAGUGAAGUGCCUAGAAGUCAUCGCGAUGCAUCGUGGCGUUUGUCCCAUUGUCUGUACUGGGUUAUUAGAUGAUGGUGCUGAAAGCGUAUCCGAGGAAUUAAAAGACGCAUUCGGUACAAAACAAAGCAAACUGGUCUUACGUAGAAAGUUUGAGAUGCGUAAGUGGCAACAGACAGAAAGCUUCAAUGAAUACUACAAUGAUAAAGUUAUGUUGGCAAAUCCGUUGAAGCUGGAAGAGGAGGAGCUAGUGGAAUAUAUUAUAGAUGGCAUUAUGGAUGAACAGUUGCUCGUACAGGGGUAUUUACAAUGCUAUACUAGCAAAACGCAGUUGCUGCAAGCAUUUUCGAAGGUUAGGCAGAGAAAAGUGGUGGUAAAGUCUUCGAAUACUACUGUUACCAAAAGUGCCGAUGUGAGGUGUUACAAUUGCAAUUCUUUGGGUCAUUAUGCGUCGGAGUGCCGAAAACCUAUUAGGGAGAAAGGAGCUUGUUAUGGCUGUGGAAGUAAAGAGCAUCGUGUCAGUGAGUGUCCAGACCGUAAGAAGGAAGCCUUUUUAGAAAGUAAUACAUUUGAGGAGAAUAUGAUUAUUUGUCAAAAUAAGGACCAGAAGUUAAAGGAGUUGCGUAAUUCGUUAGAGAAAAAAGAAAAUGGUUUCUAUGAAAUGCGUAGUGGUGUGGUCUAUAGAAAAAAGGAAAAUGG